AUGUCCGCAGCCGGGGGCUUGACUCGCCGACGAGGUGGCGGUCGCGCUGGCGAAGAGCAGGAUGAGAGCCGCGUGUCGUCGCCGGUCUCGCGGAACGGCUCUGCAAUGGACAAUCGAGGCCCAGAAACAUCCUUCACCAACACGGAGAACGGCCACAAGAUCGCAUUCGACCCGCGCGACCUCAGCGAAACCGCCGAGCGGAGCAAGCAACCAAAAUUGACGCUCAUGGAGGAGGUGCUGCUGCUGGGACUGAAGGAUAAACAGGGAUACCUCUCAUUUUGGAACGAGAACAUCUCCUAUGCCCUGCGAGGGUGCAUUGUCGUCGAGCUUGCCCUCCGCGGUCGGAUAAGCAUGCAGAAGGACUCGUCGCGGCGCCGCUUCCCCCUGGCCGACCGCGUGAUCGAGGUCAUCGACGACACAUUGACGGGCGAGGUCUUGCUGGACGAGACGCUGAAGAUGAUGAAGUCGAGCGAGAAGAUGAGCGUGAAUACGUGGAUCGAUCUCUUGAGCGGGGAAACAUGGAAUCUCAUGAAAAUCGGGUAUCAACUCAAGCAGGUGCGCGAGCGCUUGGCCAAAGGUCUCGUCGACAAAGGGAUCCUGCGCACCGAAAAACGCAACUUCCUCCUCUUUGACAUGGCUACCCACCCCGUGGCCGACGGCGGCGCCAAGGACGACAUCCACCGCCGUGUCCGUAACAUCUGCAGCAACCGCACCGUCAUCAUCCCACCCACCACCUGGCUCCCUGAGGAUUCCGAGUACCGGUACCUGCGCACGGUGACCAUGGUUUGUGCGGCGUAUGCGGCCAACGUCUUGGAGAAUGCGUUGGUGACAAUGAGCCACGAGGCGCGCGAGCGGGCCUUUGCCCAGGUGGAUGAACUGCUAGCCGAGUACUCGCAAUGGCCGUUUGGGCGACGGGCGGGCGGCUCGCAGGCUAUUGGGGCGAACCUGGCCUCGAUGAUCAAUGAGGAGAUCAACCGGAACAAGGAUAGAGAGCUCCAGAUGGAGAUUGUCGCGGCAUGCUUGAGCGUUUUCACCAGACUCGAUUCCUUACUUUGA